ACGUCGUGUUUCUCCUCAUCCGAUCCACCUAUAAAUAUAGUGAAAAAUAAAAUCGGCCAUCUUCCUUCGCCACCAAGCACCAGCAUCAUAUCGCCGCCUCCGGGAUCGAUCUCAGAUCAGACAGCAUGUCCACCGUCGCCGUCCCGAGCCCUCCGCCGACCGCCUCCGAGGACGCCGAGAGCCUGAGGACCGCGCUCCAAGGAUGGCGCGCGGACAAGGCCGCUCUGAUCGGUGUCCUGUGCCGGCGCACGGCGGCGCAGCGGGCGGCCAUCCGGCGCGCCUACGCCUUCCUCUACCGGGAGCCCCUCCUCAACUGCUUCCGCUACAAGCUCUCCCGCCACUGCAUCCUCUCCGUCGAUUUCUGGAAAGCGAUGAUCCUGUGGACGAUGGAUCCGGCUGAACGGGACGCGAACCUGGUGCACGAGGCGGUGAAGAAGAAGAAGAAGGACGAGAGCUACGUCUCGGUGCUGGUCGAGGUGUCGUGCGCUUCCACCCCGGACCACCUCAUGGCCGUCAGGAACAUCUACCGCAAGCUCUUCAGCUCCUCCGUCGAGGAAGACGUCGCGUCUUCUCCUGCGCUCCAAGAGCCCCUCAAGAAGAUGUUGCUCCGUCUUGUGAGCUCCUACCGAUACGCCGGCGAGCACGUCGACAUGGACGUCGCGAAGCUGGAGGCGGCUCAGCUGUCAGAGGCCAUCAGAGAGAAGCGUUUGCACGGGGACGAGGUUGCCCGGAUCAUCAGCACCCGAAGCAAGCCUCAGCUCAGAGCGACGUUCCAGCAGUACAAGGACGACCAAGGAACAGACAUCGUCGAGGAUAUCGGCAGCAGCAAUUGCUGCGGCGGCGGCGGCGGCGGCAACCAGCUCGCCGGGAUGCUGCGGAGUGCCGUCCUGUGCUUAGCGUCGCCGGAAAAGCACUUUGCAGAGGUCAUCAGGUACUCGAUCUUGGGACUGGGGACGUACGAGGACAUGCUCACGAGGGUGAUCGUGUCGCGGGCGGAGGUCGACAUGGAGCAGAUCAAGGAGGAAUACAGGGCGAGGUACGGGAGCGCCGUGAGCCUCGACGUCGCCGGCGACACCUCCUUCGGCUACAGGGACAUGUUGCUGGCCUUACUAGGGGGGCAGGAGUAAGAACCCGUGUGUGCAUCAUCUUUGUGUUUUAGAGAUUCAAAAAUCUUCAGAGCUUCGGUGCAAAACCGUAGCGCGAGUGUGUUAUGUUCCUCAAACAAAGUGUCAUUCUAGGUGGCAUAUGCAAGUAAUAAGCGAUAGAAAAUCAAGCUAUUUCCUAGCACACGCGACUAGACAUUGGUACCACCCUUCGUGGAUAUCUUUCCAAAACUAUGAGUUUUUCAAAGUCGUCAAAAAGUAUCGGAAGCACCAAAACAAGAGGUUUCUCGGACAGUUUCUAAAACUAGAUCCGCAAUGGCUACAGAGCCUCUAGGUAUUCCAGAUUAAGAAAAAGAUCUCCUCAUGUAGAUCGAGAAAACCCACGCGUCUCUGCUUCAACUUUAUAUAGUGAUAUCGCAACUCCAUAAGAUGAGCUAGUCACAGACGUGUGCUUUGCAAUUUUGCAUGUGGUGCAGAGAGAGAGUUUUUUUUUUUUCUGGUUGCUUCGGCCGAGUUUCCCAAACAUCCAUUUGGACGUGCUCAGCUUAUUUUAGCACUUGGUAAGUUUGUUCACUGUGUUUUUCUUUCGUUAACUGUGGUCUGAAAUGCUUUUAUUUUCGUUCUCUGUAAUGGAAAUGGUAGUUUGCUUCGUGUUGGUUCUCUGAUGGUUUUCUUAACUAAGGUAUAUUUGUAGUCUGAAUAUGGUGCCAGUUGCAUUAGUUUAGUAUGUUAGAUUAUCAGUUUCACAGUCACCUUGGAGCUUCGACAGUCCACUCUCGUUGUGUGUUCAACAAUCAGCUCGUCCAGUUUGCUGUCUUCAGAACUCUGUCUGCGAUGACACACUUUCCAUGUUGAAAUUUCAAAUGUAUCCCACUUUUCCUGAUU